CUAGAGAUUCUCAUGCAUUCAAAUUCAUAAGCAAAAAUCAAGGAACACUUUCUUGUUUCAGCGAAGACUCAACAGAUCAGAGAUCCUACUUUCAUUCUAAAAAAAGAUCACACGAACAGGAACAAGAUCUGAUUCUAGAUGGACAUUGAAGCAGCGUCUAACGUUGUUCCCGCCACACACAAAAGUGUCGAAGUCGAUGAUGAUGGCAGAUCCAAAAGAACCGGGAAUGUGGUGACGGCAACAACACACAUAAUAACAGUUGUGGUUGGGGCAGGAGUGUUGGCUCUUGCAUGGGCCAUGGCCCAACUUGGAUGGAUAGCAGGCAUUGGCAUCAUGGUUGCAUUUUCAUGCAUCUCCAUUCUCACUUACAAUUUCAUAGCUGAUUGUUACAGAUACCCUGACCCUGUUACUGGCAAGAGGAACUACACUUAUAUGCAAGCCGUCAACUCAUAUUUAGGUGGGAAAAUGCAUGUGUUUUGCGGAUUGAUCCUAUAUGGGAAGCUGGCUGGUGUUACAGUGGGUUAUGUAAUCACUACUUCAACAAGCUUGGUGGCUAUAAAGAAAGCAAUUUGCUUCCAUGAAAAAGGCCACGAUGCUUAUUGCAAGUUUUCAAAUAAUCCCUACAUGAUUGGUUUUGGGAUUGGGCAAAUUUUCUUGUCCCAAAUUCCAAACUUCCACAAAUUGACAUGGCUCUCAACUCUUGCUGCUAUUACCUCUUUUGGUUAUGCAUUUAUUGGAAGUGGACUUUCCCUAGCAGCCAUAAUCUCAGGAAAAGGACAACCAACUAGUUUAACUGGUGUCAAAGUUGGACCAGGUCUAACUGAAGCAGAUAAAAUUUGGAGGGUCUUUAGUGCUAUGGGAAACAUUGCACUUGCUUGUUCUUUUGCCACUGUUGUUUAUGACAUAAUGGACACAUUGAAAUCAGAUCCACCGGAGAACCAACAAAUGAAGAAGGCAAAUGUUGUAGGGAUCAGUAUGAUGACAGUAUUGUUCCUUGCAUGUGGUGGACUUGGCUAUGCUGCUUUUGGGGAUCACACACCAGGCAACAUCCUCACUGGCUUUGGAUUCUAUGAUCCCUUUUGGUUGGUUGCUCUUGGUAAUGUUUGCAUUAUCAUUCACAUUGUGGGAGCAUAUCAGGUAAUGGCUCAACCAUUUUUCCGCAUAGUUGAGAUGGGUGCUAACAUAAUGUGGCCACAUUCAGAUUUCAUAAACAAAGAACACCCAACAAAAUUGUGGAUCUUCAAAUUCAGGUUGAACAUGUUUAGGUUAGUUUGGAGGACACUAUUCGUUAUAAUUGGGACAAUAAUUGCCAUGGCCAUGCCCUUCUUCCACGAAUUUCUUGCCCUACUUGGAGCAAUUGGGUUUUGGCCACUCAUUGUGUUUUUUCCCAUACAAAUGCACAUUGCUCAGAGGAACAUAAAAGUAGCUUCACCGAAGUGGUGUGCACUCCAACUUUUGAAUUUCACAUGCUUCAUUGUUACAAUGCUUGCAGCAAUUGGUGCCAUUCGUGAGAUCGGCAAGAAUAUCAGCAAAUACAAGAUAUUCACCUAUAAGCAAUAGUUCAUAGUACAUUUGGAAACAAUAAUAGAGAUUUUGUAGUUACAUUUACCUAGAUUUUAUAUUCUUAUGUUGCUUCAAAAGGACCUGAGUGGAGAAAACUAGUGAGCAAUAACCAUGCUUGAUUAAAUUCUUGCCACUACUAAUUGAUCUUAGUUGCAAUAUAUGAAGUA